AUGGAGACGCGCUUGAGUCUGCGGCGUCGACUGCUUCGUAUCGACGACUCUCCUCCCACACUAGACCCCACCACAAGUCCUGGCGUAAUAUACAGUCGCUCGAAUCAAUCACAUAGUUCUAUUGGGAGCCUCCAACCACAGCAUGACUUCGAAGAGGAAAUUGACGCUGAAGACGAUGGAGACGAAGACGCAGAUGACGAAGAGAGUGGUGACGAUACUGAAAUGGAUUCAACAUCUGGUGAUAAAACUAUUACAACGUUAAAACCUGGUCAAAAAUGCCCAACAUCGUCUGUAGUCAAGCUGGUAUUCAGUCGAAGUGACCCUCUCAAGCGCAACCCAACUGUGUGUUUCGACUACCCACUUUCUCUCGGGGUAGUACGAGACUACAGCGGCCAGGUGGUCACUACGGUUGACGCACAGAAACUUCAAUUAUUCUAUCGAACUUCUUGGGAACGCAACUGCGUAAAGAACGCCUUCGCUGCUGCUGGAUUGCAUCGUACAAGGAAGAAGUGGACUGUAUGGCACUUGGCAUGGGCCAAACCAGUACCCAAAACGGAGUUCGAGAAGUUCCGAGGCGAACAUCCGCAAGUGUUUAAUCACUUUCCAGACCCAUGGGUGAUUGGCAGAAAAGAUCGACUUAUGAAGGUAUUAGCCAACUGUCGUCGUCGCUUUGGAUCGAGUUACGAUUUCUAUCCCGAAGGCUUUUCCUUACCGGGUCAAAUGGAUUCCUUCCGUCGAGCAUUGGAGCGUAACGAAGCCUUUAUAACCGGUACAUUCCCUUCGAACAAUAAAGGAUCCGGUACAUCUGCAAUCGAACCGUUAUGGAUCAUUAAACCGCCAGCGUCUGCGUGUGGUCGUGGUAUUCGCGUUUUAACUCAUCAAGACGCUUGUAAAAUGUGUGAAGACACUCGAAAAAUCUCUAGAAAGGCAAAAAAGUCCAAGAACACUAAACCGAUGAUCGUGCAGAAAUAUGUAUCGGAUCCACUGCUACUAGGUGAUAAAGAACGUUACAAGUUCGAUCUGAGAUUGUACGUCCUCGUCACGAGUCUGGAUCCUCUUCGUAUCUAUCUCUUCCAAGAGGGCAUCGCUCGCUUCUGCACUGCUCCGUAUUCUGUCAAAAACCCACGGAAUCGCUUCGCUCAUCUCACCAAUUACGCGAUAAACAAGCGCAGUAAUGGAUUCGUGGAGAACGCUGAUGACCAGCAAGCAGACGCAGGCAGCAAGUGGAGUUUAUCGGCUUUAAUCCGUUCUUUACAGUCCCAGCAACUCCUCGACAACCCCGAGACGCUGAUGCGUCGAAUCCGAGCCAUAGUAUGCAAGACGAUCAUCGCUGCAGAAGCGCAUCUCACGUCGUUAUUCCACCAGUUCGCAGGCCGAACAAAUUGUUACGAACUCUUUGGUUUCGACCUCAUGUUGGACUCAAAGUUACGCCCCUGGCUCAUUGAGGUGAACGUCUCUCCGUCUCUUAUGGGCGGAUCUCCACUAGAUCGACGAGUCAAAGGAUUGUUGCUGAGUGAUACGCUGCACUUGGUGGGGCUACAAGUACCGAUCACAAGCGUGCCGAGAGAGAAUAUUCCCGCGAAUUUGUAUGGUUCGUUAGAUGUUUUACCAGAUACCGGUAUAUACCGCCAGGUUCGACGCAGUAAAAACAUGCGGGGGAAUUCAGCGAACCGCCAGCUUCACGAAGCUGUCCAAGACCCAAAUAUUGAGCGGUUUGACGCUAGCCACUUGGAUUUAUUCAGUGCUAGCGACUGGGAUAUCGUACGAGCCAUGGACAAUGAAAUGGAUCGACGUGGACAUUUUGAUCGGAUUUUUCCCGCUUCUUCACCGUAUGAAACAGCGAGUUACUCACGGUUUUUCACUUGUCAACGUUAUGGUAACUCUCUGUGUGCGAAGUGGCUACAGACGCCACGACCGGUUCGUCAACGGCUUGUACGACAACAGUCGGCAGGUAACAUUAGUCAAGUUCUACCACUCAGUCGUUCACGCAAAAAUAUCCGAUAAAUUAGACUGUUCUCAACACACCAUCUUGCUUUUUAAGAGCAAAAUUUACUCUAAAUAUCCG